CCCGUGCUGGCGGCGGGAGCAGGGGCGGUCAGCGGCGCUGGGGCACCGCCGCCAUGAAGUCACCUCAGGGCCAGCGGCCGGCGGGUCAAGCGCUGGGUGAGGACGGCGGCGGGGGCCUGGCCGAGGCGCUGGGAGAGUUUGACACCGUGCUGGCCGAGUUCUCCUGCCCCGCCGGCCGGCGCCGCUUCCACUACGGAGAGCACCUGGAGCGCAUGAAGCGGCGGAGCAGCGCCAGCGUCAGCGACGGCAGCGGCCUCAGCGACUCCGAGAGCGCAGAUUCACUCUACAGAAAUAGUUUCAGCCUCAGUGAUGAAAAGCUUAACUCUCCAACUACAUCUACUCCAAGCUUGCCAUCUCCAUCAGUAACUCCAUGUAAAGCAAGGCUUGGAGACACAAAAGAACUGGAAGACUUCAUUGCUGAUCUUGACAGGACACUAGCAAGUAUGUGAUGGAUAAGUGACAUCAGUCUGAGACUGAGAACUGCUGCCCUUGUCUGAUAACUUUGCUACCCAAGAUAUUUACCUUCUGAACAUAACCGUUGUAAAUUCCUACAAGUAUUUAACUGGCAACAUCAGUUUUGUGACUCUGCAGCAGAUGGUAUAAGAUAACUUAAGUAUUACAGCUGUAUUUUACUUUAAAAUAUAGCUUGAAUUUUAAUUUAAAAUUGCUUUUACGAAAAUAUAUUUGUAAUUUUAUAUAGUUGAAAACUUUUAAUGCUUUUUGCCAUUAUGAUAUAUUUUUGUAUGCAAAUAAACCUUGAACUGGAA